UGCUUGAUGACUUUUAUUAAAAAUCUUUGGGCAGUUAUGUCAUAUUUGCUACCACUGGGAGAAGAGAUCAACUUUAAAUGUACAUGAAAUAAGUAAAAAUAGAAGACUGUUAAAAGAGGUGGUCAAGACUUUGGUAUAGAAAUGGACUUUGCACUGUCUGAAGAGGGUUACAUAAUGAUCUCUUUCGAUAUUAAAGAGGAUUUUAUAUUAAUAUAAAAUACUGAACUCUGUGUUUCGCUGUUCAGAUAAUAAAUGGAGUUUCAUUAGAUUCUAACUUACCAGAAUAAAGGACAAGCUAGUGGGAAGAUUAAGUAACAUUUUUCUUCAUAUAAUUAUAUAGAUUAGAGAUAUUCUUAUCUACAGCUUAAGAUCUGAAGCACUGUGUUAACUAAAGAGGAAAUAUAGAAUAAAAAAGAAACAUUUAUCUUAGCAGUUUUUUGAUGUAUAGAAAUAGUGUUUUAUGAAGGGACACAAUGUUCAGGUUUGUGUCAUAUUGCGGCGUAUCUGUUUUUGGAACCUGGGUAACAUUUUGCGACAUUUAACAAUAACAGUUUCGUAACAUUUUGUAAUAUUGUCUACACUAAUGAGCCAAUGUUGUUUAAUAUUUUAGUGUUAUAAGUAAGUCUUUGAAAAGAGUUAUUGGUAUUUAAUUGUGAUGAACUGUGAAACAAAUGAAAAAAUUGGUGGUAUUUUUUGGUCAUAUAAGUUUGUGAUCUAAAAGAAAAGUAUAAUAUUUUGCAAUUUUUGUACACUGCAAAGGAUUGACAAUAUGUCCAUUAGCAAUGAAGGAUUACCAUUACUUCGAGCGCCCUUACCAGGAGGAGAUUAUAAAGCUAAAAAGUUCUCGGGGUUUCAGAACUUUCUGCCACAAAUUGCCUUGGUACAAGACGAUAUUCGUCAGCUGAGGGAAAAUCUCACAAAUAAAGGAGAUGGCAAAGGCAUCACCAUUGAGGAGUUGGAAAAUGCCCUCAACAAAACUGAAAAAGGUCUACAGCAAAAAGCAGAGCAGAUGCUUAGCCAGUUGAACAACCAGGUUCAGACCCUACCAAGUGCUGACGCCAUUCAGGCACCAGGUUUUAUGGCACUUGAGUCAACAUGGGACCUGAAAAAGCAAACACGCGGACAGCACAGAAUUGAAAUGAGUCAAGCAUAUGUACCUAGAGAAAAACUAAGACAGCCUCAGCCAGCAGGUGCUCUUCUGCCCCUUCGUAAAGGUGAACCCACUCAGCUUCAGGGCUUGAGCCCAGGACAACAGAGCAAGCAGACCUUGGCCCUGAGGGCUGUGUACAACCCUCACAGUCAACAAAACAGACCUGUAAUGAAUGAAAACUUUGGAAUAAUGUUGCCAUUGAUUCCUCAGUCAAAGGAAAAAAAGAAAUCAGCUCAGAGAGCUCUUCAUUUACCAGUGCCACCACCUAAACCAGUAAUGGGAAGUACCAUAGAGCCACUUGCUGUCUUGCCCAAAGCCAACAGGGUCGAUGCACAGCUUGCCCCACCACCGAUCACAGAGGAUGAUGCCAGGAAGGGUAUUCUCAGUUUGAUAGAGAGGGGCCUCAUCCCUCCUGCAGCACAGUUAACCCUUGACCCCUCCCCUGUGAAAAACAGGAUGGUACCCUUGCAUAACCCAGAGGAUAGAAAUAAACCGCCAUGUACCCCAGAAAUAGCCCCUACAUUAGCUGGAGUCAAACUUGACCUAGUAACCAAGAACUACGAGUCUGCCACAGAAACCAUGGCCAAGAUGCCAGUGAUUCCGCCACAUCCUCAGUCAGUCAAUAGCCUCGGUCUCAGCAGAACAACUUCGGGCAAGACUCGCACCACUUCUGCCGCUUCCAGUCAGAAAGCAAAGACCCCAGCCACAAUGAAAACUUAUGAGAUGCCUAUUCAGCCAUUGCAGCAGCCGCACAGGAAGAAAUUCUUAUUAAUAAAGAUUCCAAAUUCACGGCCUCCACCGACUACUCCAGCAAGUGGAGAUUUCAAGAUGAUCUCACACAGGUUUGCCGUACAGAAUGGAAGAAUAAGGGAUACAUCAUCUGAAUUUUUGUCCUUCAAACAACACUACUGUUUGACCUGGGGAAGUAUUGUUACAGUAUUGAAGCACUUGGAAAAGAUGUUAAACAACUUUGCAGUUCCAGUUGCCUUUAUUAAUGGUGAUAGGUUGGCAGAUCUGGCAGAGGAAUUUGAGCUGGAACGACCACCAAGUAUAGAUGAUCUUCUUUCAUGUAUAGUGAACAGAGAUGACGUAGAAAAUAUCAUCUUUAAACCUGGAAGGAGGUUUAAGGGUCCAAAUGGUCGGGAUAUUGCAUCAGCUAAGAUUCAAGCCACAUGGAAAAUGUACCGUGAAAGAAGCACGUACCUGGAGUAUCGUCGUAGGAAGUGGGCCGCAGGUGUGAUUGCAAUAUCAUGGAUCAUGCACAUCAAAAUGGCAAAGGUUCGGCAACAGCUGAAACAGGUCAGAUUGGACAACCUUGAGAACUUCAGGAGGAGAGCUAAGAAAUUUUCAAUGUCCUGGGAUCGUAUCAAGAAAUCCAAGAGAGUCAUUAUCCAUAUACCAUCACUAGGUCUUAACCAAGAUAUCCGAGACAGUAUUCAUGAUUUUGGAAUACGUCAGAAUACACAGAUGUCAAGACUGUGUGAUAUAAGAGAUCCGAAUGUUGAUGUGAUAUUUAUAUCACCUGUUCCGCUAAGUGAAGAAACAUUGCAGUAUUAUUCGAAGCUGCUGGGUUUAAAGUCUGCCAUAGACUCUGGGAAUGUGGAAGAUCAAGGGGAGUUUAGUGAUAGAUAUAAAAUUAUAGUUCCAGAGGCUAUCAAGAGUUUUCCAACUCACAGAAUGUGCCUUUCAACACUACUCAAGUACAGUCCACAAGCUUUAUUUCGAGUGAAAAACCUGAUCAAGGGACGAGAAGCUUACAUGAUGACUAAUGUCCCGCAUGUAGAUGACCUUGACAUUGCACAGUAUCUCAAUGUGCCAAUAUUUGCACCAGAACCAGAAGUAGCGCAUUUAUAUUCGACCAAAUCCGGUUGCCAGAGAAUCUUUGCAAGUGCUAACGUUGAAACGCCCCCUGGUGAUCAUGAUGUAUACACAAUGGGUCUGUUACAUGAAUGCCUAGCACAGCUGAUAACAGAGAAUCUGAAUGUGAAACGAUGGUUGUUUAAACUUGAUGAUGAGUUUGACGGACGUGGUAUAGCUUACUGCGAUGUUACAGAACAUCUCAAAUGUUUUACGUGGGCGCAGAAAGAAGAGAAACGAUACGGCGACAAAUGGUCUAAAAAAUGGGCUCAGGAACCAGUAUUUAUAAAAAUCUUGGCUGAAAUAGAAGACGUAUUGAAGAAUCACGCCUGUCCUGUCAAUACGAAAGUUUACCCAACUUGGGACAAGUUUCUACAGUCUUUUCUCAGUCAGGGUGGUGUUAUCGAGGCAUGUCCUCCAUCAGACAGUAUUACAACACUGACUGUUGAUAUGUUGAUAGAGCCCAAUGGUGCUGUCAGUAUUGUAAGCUGUGGCGAUCAAAUUCAUGCUGAAUCUCCGUUCUCUUGCUGGGGAGUAUCCAUCCCACAAUCCUCGGUGGAACCAGAUGUUCUGAAUGUAGCAUGUUAUAAUAUUGCCGAGUCAUGCAAGAGAAGAGGAAUUAUGGGAUAUUUUGCAAUUGACUUUGUAACAUUUAUUCAUCCAACUACAAUGGAGCAGAAGUUAUGGGCAUUAGACAUCAGUUUACAGUACAGCGAUAGUCUGGCCAUGUUUUAUCUCAUGCAAUUUGUUAGUAACGGAACGUUGAACACAAAAACACACGUGUUUGAUGUACCGCCACCUAAACAGGAAGCAAAGAAACGGAGGCGAAGAUUACAUGGACAGGAUGAAGAACAACCUCCUAACACAAAUAGGUUUGGUGUAAUGAGUACACGUUUAUUACAUACAAACCUGUCAGUGGUGCAUUACAGUGUGUUCUUCCAAAUGUGCCGAGCCCACGGCAUAGGAUAUGACAUAAAGGAGAAACAAGGAACAGUAUUCAUGUUAAUAGACAGUUUUAAUAGAGAAAAAUUAGGCAUGUUAGCAAUAGGUGAGACUUUGCAAGGUGCCUUAGCAAGUUUUGCCCGAAACAUGUCUGUAAUCCAUCAAGAAAUUUCAGCACCAAAUAUGCAAGGGGACACAAACUUCAGUCGUGCAAUAUCGGAUAUUGAGGGAAUCUUGGGAACGACGAUACAAAAUGCAGACGAGGCAGAUGAAGAAACGGAGGGGUCAAAUGAAUCAAAAUAGAAUUUACAUAAUUCCAUUAUUAUAUAGACUUGAUGCAUUUAUCGCCAUGAUUUUGUCACAAAAGAUUUAUACUUUCCAGUCACAUGUAGAUAGAAAUUUCGUAGGCCAAGUAAUAUUGAUCAAAUACUGAUGAUUGUGUAAUAUUAUUGUAUAUAUACGUGUAAAAGAAAAAAUAGAAUAAUUGUAUAUAUUUCAAAAUGAAGUCUUUUUGUUACUGCUUUUUGCAAAUAAUUAAGACUUUAAAGGUCUUAUCAUUUUUUUAUUUUUUUUGUAAAAAUGGAUAUGAUUGUAAAGUUGCAUUUUAAAUGUCUUCCUUUUUAAGGAGGUUGCAAUUGUUAGAUAUUUAAUAACUGUGAAACUGUGCUCGAGUUGGUUUAAAGUUAAAUUAUGCCCAUAAAUCAUCAUUUCGAAAAAAUAGAAAAAUGACUACACACUAUCUAAAUCACCACCUUAAAGUUUUUUUUUUUUUACAUUAAUUGUAAUAACUCAAGGAAUUGUUUAUAUGAACUAAAUGAUUAAAAACGCUUUUAGUCUGCAGAUCUAAAAUUAGCAUCUUUCGGUAUUCAUUGAUGUAGAGUCCAGCCAUUUUUGGCUACAGAGUUUUGAAAAUUGCAUUUUUGAAACCAUUUGUUGUCAGUUCAUCAUUCUAUGGCCAUUACAUUUACAUUGAUAAAUAACUUUUCUAGUAAUUGUAAAACAUUGUAGAAUUGUUGGAAAACUGCUGCUACAGUAUAUAUGAAUCGAACAGUUAUACAUGUAUAUAAAGGAUAUGAAAGUGUUAGUAAUCUCAUUGUUAGAGUAUUCUUUGAAAGCUUACCCAGCAAACAUUUCAUAUUGGUCCGAUGUCGGUCAGAUACAGAUUUCAAAAUUGGCCCAGAGUCAGUUUUUGGUGUCAGGCCAACAUCAGAUUUGCAACAUGGCUCAAGAUCAGGCUAAUGUCAGUGAGUUUUACUUAACCGAGUCAAAUUUCAUAAAUUCACAUACUGUGAAAACAUUUAAUUAUGUUGGUAUUGAAUUUUGCAGUUUAAGCAAAAAUGGCUAUUUCGUUGUGGCUUAAGUUCGAGGAGGCAUAACAUGUAUGAAUUUUCUGUGUUCAUUAGGCUUUAAUUUUGCAGAUAGACACAAUCGCGAAAUCUGCAAAAAUUAGUCUCUCACUAAAAUAAAUGAUUUUACAGUAAUGUAGAUUAUGACAUUUCUGGUGGUUCAAAUAAAAACAUAAACAUUGAAAUUGCCAUGCAGAUCAAUAACUGAGCCAUUUGACCCCAUGUGGUAAUGCUUGCUGGGUAUAUCUUUUGCUCAAGGGGCAUGCCUCCAGAUGUAUAUCAGAAUGUCAAAUUUUUCAAAAUUUAUCUACAAAUAAUUUUAAGUCAAAACUUUGUUUGAUCUAUUGGUAUAACCUGUAAAGAACACCUAAAUGACAGCUUUAAAUGUCCUGUUUUUAGCUCGACUAUUCGAAGAAUAGUCUAGCUAUUCUACUCACCCUGGUGUCGGCGUCGGCGUUGGCGUCACACCUUGGUUAAGUUUUUGCAUGCAAGUACAUACAGCUAUCAUUUAAAGGCAUAUAGCUUUGAAACUUAUUUAUUCUUUUUCUAGGUCAAUUACCAACCUCACUGGGUCAAGUUCCAUAACUCUAACAUGUAUUUUGAGCAAAUUAUGCCCCCUUUUGGACUUAGAAAAUUUUGGUUAAAGUUUUAAAUGCAAGUUACUAUCUCCAAAACUAAUGCAGAUAUUGAAUUGAAACUUCACAUGUGUCUUCGGGGUUAUAAAACUAGUUGAUAGCACCAAGUCCCAUAACUCUGACCUUCAUUUUGGCCAAAUUAUGCCCCCUUUUGGACUUAGAAAAUUCUGGUUGAAGUUUUGCGUGCAAGUACAUACAGCUAUUACUAAAAGGCAUAUAGAUUUGAAACUUAUUUUUUCUUUUUCUAGAUCAAUUACCUACCUCACUAGGUCAAGUCCCAUAAGUCUGACAUGUAUUUUGGGCAAAUUAUGCCCCCUUUUGGACUUAGAAAAUCCUGGUUAAAGUUUAACAUGUAAGUUACUAUCUCCAAAACUAAUACAGAUAUUAAAUUGAAACUUCACUUGUGUCUUCGGGGUUAUAAAACUAGUUGAUAGAAUCAAGUCCCAUAACUCUGACAUGUAUUUUGGGCAAAUUAUGCCCCCUUUUGGACUUAGAAAAUUCUGGUUAAAGUUUUGCGUGCAAGUACAUACAGCUAUUACCAAAAGGCAUAUAGCUUUGAAUCUUAUUUAUUCCUUUUCUAGGUCAAUAACCAGCCUCACUAGGUAAAGUUCCAUAACUCUUAACAUGUAUUUUGAACAAAUUAUGCCCCCUUUUGGACUUAGAAAAUUCUGGUUAAAGUUUACAUGCAAGUUACUAUCUCCAAAACUAAUGCAGAUAUUGAAUUGAAACCUAACAUGUUUCUUCGGGGUUAUAAAACUAGUUGAUAGCAUCAAGUCCCAUAACUCUGAUAUGUAUUUUGGUCAAAUUAUGUCCCCUUUCAAACUUAAAACUCUUUUGAUAUUUAACAUUUUGGGUAAUAAUUUCCUGCUUCUGUGACAAUAUUUCGAAUAGUCGAGCUUGGCUGUCUUACGGACAGCUCUUGUUACUGUUUAUCUAAGACAGUGGAUUUUCUUUUUCUUCAUAUUUUGCAGGUUAUGUGGGUGCUUUUAUGAAUAAAUGAGUAAAGACUGCCAAGAACUUUAUUAAUGAAGAUAUAAACAUUUAUGUACAGUUACUAGCAAAUGACCAUACAUCCUAAUUUAAAACAAAUCUAGAGUUGUGCCCCUUUAGAAGAAGAAAAGAAUGUAUAUUUUUGUUACAAGUGAUAUAUUACUAAACUGUGAUAAUUAUGUUUUGUUAUAUUUAUUUUGGAGUACAAAACCGUCUGAAGUUGGUUUUCUGUACAAGUAUUUUUUUCCUUUUUUAUUUUGUUUGGUUUCGAGUCAAACCGGUGCAAGAAGACGCAAGUUUUCACCCUGUAGGUCCACAAACCUUUGAUAUGCCAGCAUAAAAGUUUCAUCAGAAUUUCUGACCUCAUGUUGUAUUGAAUCAACAGUGUUAACCAGAAAGUGAUUCGUGAGUCAGCAGCUGUAAUCAUUUGUUCACAGUUAGUCUGGGUUGUUUUUAAAAGGUUUUAAGUAUUAUAUUGACCAGGGUAUGUAUUUGUCAGUGGCAUGAAAUUUUGACCAAGACAUACAAGUAUUAGAUAUUCAGUUUACUCAAAUUGAUUUCAUUAUAUAUGUUCAACUCUACACAUUUUUGUAGUUUACGUUUCAUAAUUUACUUCACAAACCUUAAGGUCAAUUAUCACUUGCAGGUAAUAUUACUCUCAAGCAAUAAUGGUGUAAAAGAAAUCUUGGCUUCACUGGGCAUGGUGUGAGGCUGCAUGAAAUUAUUAAUGUUAUAUUCAACUUCCUUUGAUAAAAGAUGACACUCAUGCAAGAUUUGUGGGCCAACAUCUGAGGGCCAAUUUCUUGCAAGUUCUUAAACUGCUGGAGGCUUGAAAGUUGUUCUAGGAACAGUAUUAUUAUUUUAACUAGUACAUGUGAUAUUUUUAUAUAUGUUAAAAAAUAUGUAUAUCUACAUUUUGUAUUUCAAGCCAUACUUCAUGUUUUCUGUAUGCUGAACACUUGUUAUACAUACAUUAUAUUGUGAUAUCAAAGUAACUUUAUUUAUUUAUCGGCUUUGGGGACUGUUUCAGCCACAAGAAAACUGAAUUUUGGUUCUAUUUCUUAAUUUGUAGUUUGACACAAUUUGUCAAUUGUGUUUUAUGAAGAACAAGUCUAUCUGAUAUGUAUUAAAUAGUGCAUUUUAUCAACGUUACAAACCUGCUAUUUUAUGGAGAAAUAUUAAAUGUUGACAGUGCAAAAAUAAAGAUGAAAAGCAUUA